GCGGCUUCGCUCUCUGUCCUGUCGGUCGUACGCGUCGCUUCCUCCUCGGCCGUGUGCGAAGUGGCGGUCGUUUUGUGUGGCGUCGCCUGUGAUGCGCGUGCGGUGAAGCCGAGCGCGCUGUCGUCGUAGCAGCAGCAGCAUGCGUGGCCACCCGCUCUGUCGGCGCGCAUCGGCGGCGACCGCGUGCGUGCUCCACUCAGUGGGUGCGCGUGAAUAGUGCGGCCAAGGAGCAGCGGCCCCGGGCACGCCCGCCGGCACAGCGCGAAGCGGCAGGAAGCAAUGGCGCUGCUGGCACUCGCGCUGCUGGUGGCCACCUGCAGCGGUGCCGAGGUGUGCGGCGACACGCGCGACGGCGCCGACAAGGGCAUCGUGCGGCCGCCUCGGCCCCUCCGGACCAGCGAGCGGCUGAACUGCACGUGGACGCUGCGUGCCGCCCCGGGGUUCCGGCUGCUGGUGCGGCUGGACAGCGUGCAGCUGCCGUCGCCCGCGCUGAGGAGCGCCGCGUUGCGCCUCAGCGUCGACGGCCGCGUGAGCGAGAUCACGCGCGACUGCGUCAACUGCCUCGACGCCACGCUAGCCGGGGAGACGGUGGAGGUGCGCUUCGUCUCCAGUCCCCUGGCCGAUGGUUCGGAGCCGGGCAGCUUCCAGCUUCGCUAUCGAGCCUUCAACCCGAACCAGUGCGAGCGGCCGCGGCCCCCGAGCCAGGGCUACGUGGUGGGCCGCGACUGGCAGCUGGGGCGCGAGGUCCGGUUUGUGUGCAACCCGCCGCUGGACCCGGUGGGCCACGCGGGAGCGUCCAAGGCGCGCUGCGAACUGGGAGGCGACGGCGUGCCGCGCUGGAGCCGCGCUGCUCCGCGCUGCGCGCCCAGCGACUGCCGCCGGGGCCCCGUGCGGCGCGACGCUGGUGCCGGCGCCAUCGCGAGCCCCGGCUACUCGGAGAAAAGGCUGCCGGCCAACCGUCGCUGCGAGUGGCACAUCAGCGCGCAGCCCGGACACCAGGUAUGGGCGAGCUUCACGCAGCUGCGCCUGCCGGGUGCCGCGGGUGGGGACGGGCCGCAGCUGUACCUGUUCGACGGCGACGAGUCGACGCCGCUGGCCAACAUGAGCGGCGUGCAGCUGAAGCCGCCGCCGCUGAAUGUGACGAGCGUAUCGAACCGGCUCAUCGUGCUGCUGCUGACGAGCGCACGGCCCGCCGACGACGCCGUGGUGUACAUGGAGUACGCGGCUCGGCCGGCCGCUUGCGCAGAGCCCGCAGCACCCGCGAACGGCUCGCUGGUCGCCUACAGCCUGGGUGUGGGUUCGCGCGUCGCCUACCGCUGCCACACCGGACAUGCCAUGGUCGGCGACCCGGCUGCGGAGUGCCUGCCUUCGGGCGAGUGGAGCGCCUCGCCGCCGCAGUGCCUGCCUGUACAGGAGCCAACCGACGACAACCAUCAGGACGUGUCUGAAGACGUGCACGUGGACACGUCAGCCCACGACGACCUGGUAGUUCCCCUGGGUGGCCCGCGCGGAUUCACCAUGGCUCCGGCGACCACCACCGACCUCGCGGCCGCCACAGAGAUCGACGAGGAGGAGGAGCCCGUGACAACCGCUGUGACGCCGCAGUUGCCCACCGCCACUACUGUGCUGCCGUCUUCCGAGGAGGCGCUCGACCCGCUCCCGCAGAGCAGCAAGCUGGACCGGGAUCGCUGGAAGCCAUACGAGCAGGACAUCAAUCGGGCUGCAGUGCUGGCGAAGGAGCCUCCUCGCAAGCCUUCGGCACACAUGGAUCCAUGGCACGCCUCUGACCACGCCGCCGUAUUGGUUGGGGAAGAGCUCCUUCCGCACGGCACCGAGCCCGGUGACGUCAUCACCUCCGGCGUCGGUGACGACGUCCCGGAUCGAGGCGGUGGCCUGGAGGACGGUCUCACCGUAACCAUGGUAGCUGUCAUCGUCGCCGUCACUGCCCCUCUUGCAAUCGCUCUACUGCUGCUAAUCGUGCUCGUGGCCUACCGGCGCCGCUAUCCUGUGCGAAUGAACUUCGGCCGCAAGUUUUCUACCUUCGAGAAUCCGGCCUACGUACGCAAGGACGCCCAGCACCCCCGGGAGUUGACCCGGCUUGCGAUCGCUGACCGAGACCGCUUCUGAAGCGGAGAAACUGUCCGGCAGUUCUACGGCGGCAAAGCGAAAUCGCCAUACGGACGCGCGCAGGCCACAACAAGGCAACACAAAAUGACAGGACGAAGCAGCGAACUGGUUAUGGUGGCUCUCUUGCAUUUAGUGCUGUCUUUUUUUUUCCUCGCGCCUUCAUAUGCCCACUCGAUUUUUCAAAGGCAACAUUUGAGCCCCGCCCACUAUCGGAAGAGGACUCCUGGUCUUUUGGUAUUAAAUGUGAACACGACACUCCUUGGCCUGGUGACCACCCGGUGUGUUCAGCGAUUGCCAAGCGUCAACCGAUGAUCGGUCUGUAGCUGACUAAACGUUUUUAUACUGCCAUUGAUCAGUGGUCUGUCGGAACGAGUGUGGUGCGGGAAUGUGUUGUAUAAGUGACAACCGCGCUCGCUGAGGUUUCCCUGCCUCUAGCCGUCUCGCGUAUUUUCGUCGUAGGCUACUUUCUGCGGCGUCGCUUCAUAGGUUCUCGUGAAAUGGUCUCCAAGACUGUCUACGUGGCAUAAAAAUGGUGUGAUCCGGUGAUUGUGGGCCUCGACGUUCGAAAGACUUUCCAAGGCCUGCACAUGAGCCACGGUAUCUUCGGGACUUUGAAACGCCCCGGUUCCGCAUUGUGUCCGAGACUUCUUGAGCGCCGCCUUCGUUUACCAUGUGUGUUUGAUGAUCGCUACUCUGAACGUAUAACCAUUGUUCACCCGAGUCAUCCCUUUGUUAACUUCCUAUUAUCGAUGCGAAACAGUGCAUUAUAUACGAGGACAAGAAUGAGCGACACCAUGAAGCGUUGUCGUCAGCAGAUUUUUAGCGGUUUUACUUAUUUGUGUACAUGAGUAUAUACGAAGCCACAAACAAGAUGCACAAGAAGAAGCGUUGCAUUAACGGUAUUCUUGCGUGCUAAGUGCCUCCAUAAAAGCGCUUUGUUUUGCAGUGAUGGAAAAGAAGUGGACGCUCCUGCGAUUCUGCUUGGGUUAUUAAUUCCCUGAUUCUUCAUUGUCUUUUGCCACACCUGUUGGCAAGUUUUAAAAAUAACUCUGGAAUCUUGUAUAACCGGAGCAGAGCUACUAUCACGGCAAUGGACGCCGAGAUGACAAAAGGGAGCAUCGCAAACCAGCUCACUGAGCUGGUUGUUCAGGAAGCGACUGGUUUACGCUCUGUCUUCCUGCCGUCGUUGUUUCUAACGCGCACUUCGGCGUCCAGAUAACCGCAAUUAACUGGUCAUAGCAUGCGUCUGUGUGACUUUUACGCACAAAGGUGCGAGCUGUAGACAAGCAUUUACCUGUUGUAGACGAGUUUCAAACGACGAGCGGAUGAUUUUAUUCGCUACACUUGGCAGUUUUCUGAACAUUUGUUCCUAUCUUCCGGUAGCUGCCCGUGGUAGUAACCUAGAAGCUGACAUAUCUAAUUUAGCCUCGAUAAAGACCCAUGUAAAAAGUACAGUUUCAUUGAGAGUACCAGGGUGCUAUUGGCAGGAGUGUUUGCUUGGGGCGUCGGUAUGGAGAGAAAACCAGCAUAGAAUCAAAGCCACUGCAUCUAUUCGUCUGAAUUUAGUUAAUGUGAUUUCGGACACCUUCGUGUUCUUAUGUUAAGCUUCUCGGGGUGCGUAUACCAAUGCAAAUGGAAUAAUGAUUCGUCUUGUUCAUCUGAUUUAGCCUUAUAACAUUGAAAAUAUAGUAAAGAACCCAAACGUCAAAAAAGGAUUACCUAUGGGGACUGUUAAAGAUUAUAUAUACUGACACGAAGCUUCUUGAAUCAAGUUUCGCAAUGUGUUUUGGAGGUAAAAUUUACGCAAAGAAAUUGGUCGUGAAUGCAAAACACUUAGCUAUUCCAAAGACCCGUACACUUGAGCUGUGAACAAAAGUUAGCGAACCCGUCGUUUGCUAUUUCAUUGAAUUCUUUCUAAAUUGUUUAAAAGGUGCACGCCGUGCCCACGAUUGAUUGAUGGUUGCAAACUUCCAAAGCUCGUGUUACUCUAGCAAUGUUAAAUAAAACUUUAUGUCAAGACAGAUGCGCCAUUGAGCGCAGUCUCGCAUGUUGCCAUCGGGCUUUUGUGCGCAUGAAUUCGACUUCGCAAAUAACUGCGUCACACUCCGAGAAAGCACAGCGUGAGCCAACGAAGGCACAGUAAGUAAUGAGGAGAUAUUGAUAGCGUUCCGUUCGGCCUCGCUCCUUACUUUGUAAAACACGCUGUUGCACUGGUUGGUGUAUGCCUUUGUUGUCGUUCUUUUUUUUAAAAUACGGAAUUGUAGCGCAGCUAACGACCAGGCAUGUCAGAGCCAACAUAAAUACGUUGUGUGCCUGUCCAUGUUGGUUCUGCUGUCCCUGGUCUUUAUUUGCGCCACAAUUUUAGUUAGAAAAUACUUACACUGUCUUCGCUUCUAUGAGCUAUACGUACUUUGAACUUUUCGGCGCAAGACUUGCACAGGGACGGAAGGAAGAGAACAUAAAGUGAGAGCUUACUAUCAAAUGAGUGUUUAUUUUGAAUAAAGCGUUUAAUGAUAAGCACACUAGCUCGGGAUGCACACUUAUACUGCGCACAAGUUCUUGCGAAGGGAGGGCAUCAGUUGCUUUACAAUGGCAUAACAGAACGAUAAACAGUGUUUGCGCGAAAAUUGUCUUGAAAUAAGCAUGAAAAAAGAACUUGGAUAGAAGAAAAGGAUACUCUGAAAUAAAUUCUGCACAAUACAAGUGCGUGUUCAAUGUUGUUGUUGUUUUAUUUAAAUCUUCGUUCAAAAUAAACGUUAUGGUCAUGGUGAGCGGUCGUGUCCUAUGGUACCCCUUCCGUCUCUGCGUAAUUUUCGCACUGACAAUUAAGUCACUAAUGAGUACGUACCAACUCGCUCACUAUACUCUAAUGCUAAGUACUUGGAAUGUUGCACUAGCCAAAGGAGUGGUGUCAGCGUUUAUUUCUCUGUACUGAACAAAGUACGUGUGCUUCAAGGUCUCGCCGAAGUAAGUUCUGCUCAAAAUGAAUGUUCAGCCUGCGUGGAUUUGCUAUCUGCCAGUUAUAUCUGAUGCUGUCGGUGCAAAAAAGGCGAGGCUGCAGGACGUCCCAAAUAACCUUUUUAUUGCAUUUAUGAUAUAUAGUUGUCAUUGCUUGGGUACGCGUAGCGAGUAUAUUAGUGCGUCGUUGAGAUAGGCUCGAUAUACCAAAGAAAUGCUCAACGGCAACGUACUGAAUGCACGCGUGUGUAACGACAUUCAUUCGUAAGAGUGCACUUGUGGCGGGGUAAUACAAAUACAAAACCGACCGUUAAUGUUGGCUUUUACAUAAAAAAUAUGUGUAGAUGCCGCUACAAGUAACUGAGCUUUGGCCACCAAGGUACCACGGUAGACAUUUAAUCAUUUGUCACCCAGUCGCCACAGUUUCCGUAAUAUUUUCUGAAGGGAAUAAAUUUGCUGUACAUAAUCGUGAUGUGCACUAGCGUAACGUAACUUCCUUGUCCCAAAACGACGCCACGGAUUUAGAACCGUAAGCACUUUUUAAUGACAAGGCAUGGUUUCCUACUGAAACAGCGGCACGAUAGCAUUAUAUACCCGCAUGUGCCAAUGCUUCACCCUGGCGAAUCGGUCGCUAUGUAAAGUGACACGAGGACUGUGCGACAGCAUUUGUAAGAAAAUUGUCAUUCGCUAAACCUCGGCAGUUCGUUACUGUUUGCACACGUCACCGCUGUGAAGAUCCAAACCACAAUGAACGCUUCCUCUUUUUUUUUUUCGCGGCAAGGCGUAAAAGUGUAGGAUCCGUGACUCCGCCUUCAGUCCUGUUAAUGUAUAUGUGCCGCUGGGUUUUCUGGCCCAAACGGAGAUUGCUGUGGCGGCUUUAUUACCUUAGUGCCGAAAUCGUUCAGGGAUCCGCAAAGCUUCACACUGCGAGGGAGCACAGCGCGUUUGGAAGUGUCGAGCAGCGCAGAUGAGAGUAAUUGUUGUUCAGGUUGUUUAAACAUGCGUCGUUGGUUUGCGUACGUUUUGUGGCUAUAUAUGGCCAAGUGUUUCGAUGAAGGUAGUAUAUUUUGGCUUUUCAUGUUCAGACCUUUCUUCCCUAAGCCCAGAAGGAUAAGUGGCACCACAGCUGAGGCUUUGAAGGAGCUCGUUGCUCGGGUUUUCUACGCAAAUGUCCUCCUCCAGACGUGAGUAGUGUAUGACGAAAUUACAUAAGCAUCUGGCACGGUGAUGGUAAAAUAUAUGAAUCACUGCAAUCUCUGACAUUUUUCGCCGGCCGGCUUCGUUCUGCGUCCGUGUUUGAGCAAAAUAAAAGAAAUGUAUCUUUAGUACUUGCGCUAUCAAACGUGGUGCGGCCUCCCUAGUGAAGGGUCGUCAGUUGACUUCUGCUGGCGAUUCCCUGCUUCCUCCGCGGGCAAAAAAAUCCUGUUAGCCUUGUGCCUUAGAAAAGCGUUUCGUAGGAUUGCACUCACGCGCAUAGCCGUAUUAUUGUGGCGUGUUUCAACAUCGCUUCUACUAAGUGCAGCAAAAUGUGCCAUGAUUUUUAGGUAGGUUUCCUGCGCCGCAACUGCGGACAAUGUAAUUCUUUUUUUGCCAGACACGAGAACUAAGACUCCAGGAAGAAGGAAUACAAAUUCACCGUCCGGUGGCGUGUUAUAUAAGCUCAUGCAUGUGCGCCGCUGGUCGCCGCCAGCAGUCGGCGAGUGUGCAUUGCGCGAGCGGCGACCGCAGGGCAUGUCAAUGCUCUCUAAUAACGAGAAGCGGCUAGAAUGAGGAUAGCCUGUGCAAGCGCUCGAAGUGCUCUCCACUUCGAGCAUCCCAUACUACUAAAAUCUCAAACCUAUCUGUGACUACUUUCACUGUACUUACGGCACACGGCCUGCAUCGCUUAUGCGGCAACCUUCUUUUUUUCCGAAACCAAAUAGUCGUGUUUUUUUUUCUUGACCCGCGCAUGCGCCAAGAAAUGAAGAUGAAAUAAGAAAUAAUUCGUCUGUGUGCUCGAGGUGUGGUGAGCUAUUCGUGUGAAAGAUGAAGCCCAAGCUGGUAGAGGCUGGCGGUGUUGGAAGGCAAGACAAACGGAUCUCUCGCUGGGAAAAUGCUUUUGGCGACUGCGCGUACACUGACGUUGCCGACGAUUCUCGCCAUUGUAAGGCGACGGCGUCGCGUGCGGUUGACGCUGGCGCGAUGUGAUUAAAAUUCGGGAGGCUGUACGUGUACCUCUUCCGAAGAAAUGUUCUUGCAUAAUACUCACGUGCAUCACGCACUCUUGUGCACCGCUUCUUACACAGCGACAGUUUGUUUGUAUUCAUCAUAUUCGAAGUAUCAGAAUCUCACACGGAAGCUUCUGGAAGGGAAGCGACUUCAGUGUAACACAGUGUCAACCAAAUUCACUAACGCAUGCGUGGUGCGUGAAUGGUCAGUGCAGGAGUGCCCUUUACUUGCAAUGGUGAGCUUGCCAAGACGUGCUCUUAGCAGGAUUCUUGUAAACGUUGCAACGGUAUCAAGUUUUAGGCUGCCGUUUUAGUUUGGAUUUUGCCUUCCGUUACAACAGUUUUGUCAUUGUACCAUGUUUAGAAAUAUAUUUUUUUCGCUCUGUAUUAUUCAAUCUUCAACAAUGAGUGACACGAGCGGAUUGACUGCCAGAGCCCUGGAGUGUACGCUUUUCUGUUUGUAUGUCUGUGCCUUUUGAAUACAAGUGUGCGGGCCCCUGUUUCCGCUCAGUCUUA